UUUUUUUUGAAAUGCCCGAAUGGAGUGCGCAUAUGUCACCGAGGGGCCCUCAGAAAGGCGAAGGUAUUUGUCCUCCCCAUGCUAGUGGGUGGCAGUGGUGGGUGUGGGUGUGCGGUGAGCAGAGAGAGGCUCUGGGGCUCUGGGCCGGUGAGCCCGAGCGCUCCCCCUCGGCGCCCUACAAAUACCCCGCCGCUGCCGCUCCUCUUCUUAUCGUGUGACCUCCCCCGAUCUGGAGCUGAAGUGCUUGACGCCUUCCGCUUCCACUUCCACGGCAGCACGAGCCUUCUUCUCCUUCUCGCUUAGCGGCUAUAGCGCCAGCCAAAGGAGAAGUCUGCGGGCGAGUGCGAUAGAUAGACACAGAGAAACCGAUAGAUCAUCAAAAAACGAGCGAAAAAAUCGGUCCAAACCCCAGGCCGGACGCGCGUUAGAGUCUCCAAAGCUUAUCCUUCCAUCCACUCCCCGCAGCCAGCUUCUCUUCUCGUUCCCGGUUAUAUUAAUAACGCGGCGGCGUGCUCUGCUUCCUCCGGUUUGCUCUGCCCUGCUUCCUAAACACAAACGCGCUCUGCACCAAGAACUAUAUACAACGUAGAAACUAGCCGCGCCGUCACUCCCUUUUGUGGCAACCUGCAGCACGCACUUGCUGAGACAGGGGUAGCCUUGCUAUAGGCUAGCUAGUGUCACUUGCCGAGGACAAGCAAGCAGGCCGGGGAGACAUGGCACUGACAGUGUUCGAGACCACCGAGCAGCAGCUCCUCCCGUGCCAGCAGGCCGUCGAGCAGGGCGCUGGCGAUGGCGGGGCCGCCGCUGCGGGCGCCGAGAAGGCUACCGUCACGCUGAAGGAGACGGACCGCGGCGGCGACGACGACCGGCCGGAGAGGGACGACAUAUGGAACAUGAUUCAGGCGCAGAAGCCGCCGCCGCCCGCCGCGCCCAGGCAGGCGCCGUACGUGCACCCGCUCGUGCGCCGCUCGUCCAGCCUGCUCACCCAGAAGAGCCUGGAGAUCUGCACCGAGAGCCUGGGCUCGGAGACCGGCUCGGACGGCUUCUCCGACGCCGACGGCUCCGCGACCGAGCACUCGUGCCAGGGCUCCGACGACGAGCGCGGGGAGGGGGAGGAGGAGGAGGAGGAGGUGGUGGCCCAACGCGCGGCCCCGCCCAGGGCGUUCCCGCCGCCGCUGCCGUCCCUGGCGCGGCGCAAGGUGGAGUCUACCAUGGAGAUGAGGCAGAAGCGCCAGGACGGCCGCCUGCUCGUCAAGGUCGUGCCCGUGGCGUCGUCCACCCUGUUCCGCGCGCAGCGCCGCGGCGGCCGCCUUCUCCUGUCGUUCGCGGACACGGCCGCCCCCGCGCCCGCGCCCGCCUCGGAUGAGCCGGAGACCGAGCAGCAGGCCGACGAGGAGGACGACGAGGAGGACGAGGUCGAGGUCGUGGACAGGGGCACCGUGGUGGAGGUGAAGGUGAGCGCGCAGCCGCAGGCGCGCAGCGGGAGGGGCCCGCGGGUGCACCGCUCCGCGCUCGUCAUCAACAAGUUCGUGGGCGCCGAGCCGGUCACCUCCUGCGAGAUCGACGGCGACGGCGACGGCGCCACGGCUCCGCAGCACCCGGUGGCCAGGCGCUCCACUGGGUCCACCACCACAGCGGUCGCGGCCCUGGCAGCGGCCUCGGCGCUGAGCGCGGCCGCAGCGCCGCCGGACAGUGGCGACGACGCCGUCCCCGGCGCCACGUGCGGCGAGAACAAGCUCCUGAUGACGGCGAAGCGGCACAGCAGCAAGGAGGAGCUGAUGAAGCACAUGCGCCGGUGCAGCGGCCAGCUCAGCCCGUCGCUUUUCGUCUGGGAGGGGUGCAUCGCAACCUCCUCCUGAACGCCGCACCGCAGCCCAGUCCACGCGCCCGCCAUCGCCCAUCCGUUCCGUUCCAUGCAUGCUUUCGACCUGCUGCUGUUUGUUUGCUCUGUUGGUUUUGUAACGUUCGUAACGUAGUGCUGUCGUUGUUGCUCGCAAGUGAUGAUCGUCACGUCACGUGAUUGGCUUAGCUGUGUGUGUGAGAGAGGUGAGGGAGGGACAGAGAGCUAGCACUAUUGGUUUGGCAUGCCACCUUGUGCGUGCCCUGCUUAUUGCAUCUACUACUCUACCACCAUUUUACAUUUGCAUUUGCACGCUGCUGCUGCUGCUGCUUCUAGUGACCGUUGUUCAGUAAUAAGAUGGACUAUCUUAUGGCCAA